UAAACUGAAAUAAACACUUGGUAAUUGUCAGUGAUUGACCAAGUUUGUAGUAGUAUAAAAGUCAUUAAAAAUGGGGAAACGCCACAGCAAAUUGGCACCUAAAACCUUGUCCGAGUUGAGGGACAAUACUAAUUUUACAGUCGAAGAGCUCCAAGACUGGUACAAGGAAUUCAAGAGCAACUGGCCGAAAGGCGCUUUGACCGUGGAGGAAUUCAAGAAAGCUUAUAAGACCUUCUUUCCAUUAGGAGACGCUACAGAAUUCGCGAAGCAUGUUUUUCGCGUGUUUGACCGGAAUGACGACGGUUUGCUGGAUUUCCGGGAGUUCGUGUGUGGAUUCAGUGUGGUCCUGAGAGGAGGCGUGCAGGAGAAACUCAAGUUCAGCUUCCAGAUCUACGACAUAAACGGUAAUGGAUUCAUCACCAGGGACGAGAUGUCGGAAGUUCUCUCUGCUAUGUACAGAGUGGAGUGCGCGUUGUCCGAUGACCCCGAUAGAGAUGACCCGCAGCAGAGGUCGGACACACUUUUUAACCAAAUGGAUAUUGACUGUGAUGAUAACUUAUCUCUGGAGGAAUUCAUUGCAGGGGUCAAAAAGGAUCCCCACAUCAUGAAAGUGAUGGACAUUCAAUAAUUCCAGGUGGACGCUACGAUUUGUAGUACCGCAUUUAGAGCAGCUUGUUUUGGUAUAAUACUCAGGCCGAUCGUUAUAAAUUCUGCGUUUUAUGUAGAAGAUUCUAAAGCCGUGUGACAACCAAGAAAGAAAAUUUCUAAACACCAUAUAGAAUAUGAAUUUAGUGUCCAUUCAACCCAUUGUAAAACGAUCUGUGUGAGAUAAAUGUGUUGAUGCGAUCCAAAAAUUCGAAAGAGAAAAAAACCCACCAAGAUUUAAGACGACAUCAGCACCUAUAAGUUUUAGUCUUUAAAUCUUAAUUUGGUCUUCAAAUCUAAACAAAGAAGAAGAAAAAAGAAGAAAGAAACAAUGAAAUGCUUGAAAUUUUAACAUUAAUGAUAUCACAUGUAAGUACACCGUUGAAGUAAAACCCGUAGAUUUCAAUUGAGGUCAGCCUAAUCCAUGUCACAUGUUUUGUUUUGUCUAUUUGUUUCCAUAAUCAUAAGAUUCUAUCUAUAUCAUUCUAUGUUUACGAUAUAUGAACAGAAUAAAUAAAUGUUUCUGGUGAAGAAAAAAAUUUCACAAAAAUGUUUUAUACAUUG